AUGGAGAAUUUAAAGAAGAUGGACUACAUGGCCUUGAUCAUCAAAGAGAAACUUCGCAGAUAUGGGCCAGUGGACAAACUGCUUUCAAGAGACGCAGCAAAAGACAUCGAAUUGAAUGGUACCUUUAUUCCUAAGGGGCAAAAGAUUAGCGUUGACUUUAAUGCCAUUCACAUGAAUCCCAAGAUUUGGCAUCAUUCAGAGGAACUCAUUCCUGAGCGAUUUGAACAAGGAGGAGAGCAUGACCAGCAUAUAGGCUUCACAUGGCAAUGGAUCCAGACAAUGAAUUGGUAUGAAAUUUAG